AGGGUAUUUUUCGUAUUUUAGUGGGGGGAAAGUCUACUAUUAACCAUAACGUAGUGAACAACUUAGUGGGAAAGAAUCCAGGGUUGUCAGAAAUUCUGCCCUAAUUUAUCCCGUCCUUUAAGCUGUCACUUUGAUAAGCACAAGCUGAAAACAAAUGUUUCCAAAAAUGGCUUGACAGAUGUAGGUAUUCUGCGAACUCCAUUCCUCAAGCUGAUAUAAAUGUAAUAGAAGGUGAGAUCAUUUCACUUUUACAAAGGAGCUUUUACAAAUCCUCGCCAUCUCCUGUUCCCUUGGCAAUGUAAUUUCUAAAUGAUCAAGAGCUGCUUCUGCCCUCAGCCACCUGCAGUAAGUUGCUAGAGCUGAGAGAUACGAUGUGUGAUGAAGAUGAAACCACUGCUCUUGUAUGUGAUAAUGGCUCUGGGCUUUGCAAAGCUGGAUUUGCAGGGGAUGAUGCACCAAGGGCUGUUUUUCCAUCGAUCGUUGGACGUCCUCGACACCAGGGUGUUAUGGUAGGAAUGGGUCAAAAAGACAGUUACGUUGGGGAUGAAGCCCAGAGUAAAAGAGGGAUCCUGACACUGAAGUACCCCAUUGAGCAUGGGAUCAUCACUAACUGGGAUGACAUGGAAAAGAUUUGGCAUCAUUCUUUCUAUAAUGAACUUCGUGUUGCUCCAGAAGAGCAUCCUGUGCUGCUGACUGAGGCCCCCUUAAAUCCUAAGGCUAACCGGGAAAAAAUGACUCAGAUUAUGUUUGAGACAUUCAAUGUACCUGCUAUGUAUGUAGCAAUUCAGGCAGUUCUAUCUCUAUAUGCAUCUGGUCGAACCACUGGAAUCGUUCUGGACUCCGGGGAUGGUGUCACACACAACGUACCCAUCUAUGAAGGUUAUGCUUUGCCCCACGCCAUCAUGAGGCUGGACCUGGCAGGCAGAGACCUCACCGAUUAUCUCAUGAAAAUUCUCACAGAAAGAGGCUAUUCUUUCGUCACCACUGCGGAGCGUGAAAUUGUGCGGGACAUAAAGGAGAAGCUUUGCUACGUGGCUUUGGAUUUUGAGAAUGAAAUGGCAACAGCCGCUUCCUCUUCUUCUCUCGAGAAGAGUUAUGAGCUUCCUGAUGGGCAAGUCAUCACCAUUGGGAAUGAAAGAUUCCGAUGCCCAGAAACUCUCUUCCAACCUUCAUUCAUAGGAAUGGAAUCUGCAGGUGUUCAUGAAACCACUUAUAACAGCAUUAUGAAAUGUGAUAUUGACAUCCGUAAGGAUCUCUAUGCUAAUAACGUGCUCUCUGGGGGAACAACAAUGUACCCUGGUAUUGGUGAUCGCAUGCAGAAAGAGAUUACAGCUUUGGCUCCAAGUACUAUGAAGAUUAAGAUGAUUGCACCACCAGAACGUAAAUACUCCGUCUGGAUUGGAGGCUCAAUCUUGGCUUCUCUGUCUACCUUCCAGCAAAUGUGGAUCAGCAAAGAUGAAUACGAGGAAGCUGGUCCUUCCAUUGUCCAUCGCAAAUGCUUUUGAGUAUACUCAUGAUGUGCCAUCAAUGAUAAGUGAUGGUGGUUCUCUAUACUACAUCCCCCCCUUGUGGGAAGUACAUGCUUUACGCUUUCUUCUACCGCUUAUUAAAACACAAUAAAUGGUUAUCAUGCUGA